AUGUCAAUCCUUGUUAAAUGGAGAUUGUCUCUUGUUAUCAACAAACCCAAGGUGUAGAUGCGAUGUUUGUGCCGGCGUUGGGAAAGUGGUGUUCGUGUGAAUGACAGCAGCGAAAAUUUUAGGGACAACUCAUAAAAAGUUAUUUAUCACUUGCCCAUCACGGCGUGUGAAGAGCCAAAAAUGGAAUCUCCGGAAAGCGAGAAUUCGGAACAAGCUACCGAAGCUGAUCAGGAGACCAAUUUAAGACAUCGAAAGCUUCUUACGUGUGCUAAAAAGACAAUUGAAAAUGCAUCUUUACUCUUGCGGAGGAAGAUACCAUGUACAGGUCAUUUGAUGACACCACGCCGAUUAUGGAUUCAGACAAUACCUACACAGGAAUGUGAUGUAGUGCUGAUGUUCCCACCUGGGGCUCAGGAUUUUACAUUAAUGUGGCUCUUAUCUCGUCUGCGUGCUGGAACUCCUGGUUUAGUGGUGCAUGUCCGACACCAUGCAUCUUCUGACAGUUAUGGCUUUUAUCUUACUGCUCCUUUCCCUGUUUUGUUGAAGGCAGCAGAGGAACUUCAUCUUCCAAAAACACUGAAAUCAGAAUUUGGAGGUGGGCUAAAGGAAUUUGUGCAGCAAGAGGCAGCUUGUUUUGAAGGGACGGACAAUGAAUCCACUUUCUUCACAACACAAGAGAGGCAGUGGCUGGUUCUGCACCUGCUUCAGACAUUGAGGGCAGCUCCUGGUGAUCAACUUGGAGGGCUCAAAUUGAUUGAGGGACAGGCAAUAGUGCCAAAAUGCUUGUCUGCUGGAAUAAUCUCCCAAGUCUUCCCACUUCAUGAUCUUCCAUCACUCCAGAAGCUACAGAAGUCAUGGGUUCGUGACUUCUUUCGCAAGCAACCUUUGGAUGAUAUCUGCAAUUACUUUGGAGUAAAGAUCACAAUGUACUUUGCAUGGCUGGGUCACUACACCACAGCCCUCAUUGUGCCUGCAGUGGUGGGGUUAAUUUUCUGGGUUUGCUUCUGUGGCCACAAUCAGGCAGUUGAAGAUGUUGGAUAUGUCCUCUUCUCAUUUUUCAAUGUUCUCUGGGCAAGCGUGUAUGUUGAAACAUGGAAGCGGUACAGUGCAGAGCUUGCAUACCGUUGGGGUACUUUGGAUCAGCGUGAUGAGCUCUUGGUUGAACCUAGACCUCUGUUUAGUGGUACUCUUGAAGUAAGUCCCGUGACAGGGCGACUAGAACCAGUAUAUCCAGCAUGGAAAAGGAAUGUUUUUCGAUACUUCGUCAGCAUGCCCAUCAUACUGCUCUGCCUAGCUGUUGUCUUCAUCAUUAUGAUUGUGACACUACAAUUCCAGGAUUGGUGGGACCACUUCAUAACAGACAGAGGCUAUAUGUUUUGUCUCAGCUACUUGCCCAAAAUAUUUCUUGCUGUUGUAAUAACAUUGUUGGAUGAAGCUUACUAUAAAGUAGCUUGUUGGCUGAAUGACAAAGAAAACUACAGGCUUGAUACGAAGUAUGAAAAUCAUCUAAUCGUCAAAGUAGCAUUGGCAGCUUGACAGAAGAAAUAAUAGGUGUCUGAGUCUUUUUUUAUA